CUUGAUUCUCGCAAUGAUAAGGACGGCAGCUACAACGAGAGUCAUGUAGAUUUCACGACCUCUGAUCGAGAUGGAGGUAUCACCAUCCCGGAUUCCCCUUCCUCACUCUCCUCGAUCCGGCUCUUCACAACGAUCCUCCCUCUCCUCUCAUUCCUGGGUAUCAACUUCGCUGAUAUCGCCUAUCCAACCUAUUCGCCCUCACUUUGACCGGCAGGAGACGUCAGCUACUGUCCGACAGAAUGGCCCCACAGAUCCAUUCUUGGAAGGCUCGACCAUCUCUGUAAAUCAACCUGUGGGAUCCUUGAGUAUCAGUCCGAGUAACAGGGACGUCUGCCUGGCCUCACGAAAGGGUCUGUAUAUCCUCGACUUAGCUAAUCUCAACAAUGCACCGAGGUUCAUUCCACAGGGAGGGACAUGGCAGAUUGCUGAUUGUCAAUGGUCGCCUCAUCCCGUUACAUCCAAUCUCAUCCUCUCGACCUCCUCCCAAAAGCUCUUGGUCUGGGAUCUGGCAGCCCCCAAGUCCUUGCAUUCCAGCAUUGACGCGCAUGCUCGAGCUAUCACAGAUAUCCAGUGGCACGCUCUAAACCCAAACCUAAUGGCAACCAUCUCCAUGGACUCUGGUAUUCGCGGUUGGGAUCUCAGGACGGGGGAUAAGCCAUUCAUGCGGAUGGCAGCUUGGGGUCAAGCGGGAACGCAAGUGAAAUGGAAUCGACAGCACGAGUACAUCCUAGCUACGGCAAACGGAAAACAGGCUAUCAUCUGGGACACCAGGAAAGGCAGUGUCCCUCUGGUGUCGGUCCAAGCUCAUGAUUCCAAGAUUUACGGCCUGGAUUGGGAUAGACAGUAUAGGGACAAAUUUGUGACUUGCUCGCUAGACAAGUCCAUCAAAUUCUGGACAAUUCCCGAGCUAGCGACGUCUCGAUCUGCUCUUGCGGACUUUUACAGCAUUCCGAAUCCGCCUGCUUCGCCCACGCAUACAAUCACCACGAAUUAUCCUGUCUGGCGAGCUAGAAAUCUACCUUUCGGUCGAGGUGUACUUGCGCUUCCCCAACGCGGAGAACAAGCCCUCGAGAUGUUUGGCCUCGACGGAGAUGGCUUCAGACCAGUCGAGCGGUUCGAAGGGCAUGACGACGUGGUCAAGGAAUUCGUCUGGAGGAAUCGAGGCGGUUUAAACUCUGAGUUCGAUGAUCGCGAGUUCCAGCUUGUCUCGUGGUCCAAAGAUCGCACAUUGCGGAUUUGGCCCGUCAGCCGACAAGUGACGGAAAGAGUGGGCUAUCAAUAUGGCCGACCGAUUCGAGUCUUGAUGACCCGACAAGGUGCAGCCGAUAUCACCUACACCCGACUACCUGAUAUCAAAGCCCAGUCGCACCUUCCUCCACCAGUCGUCAAUCCGAGCGGAAUAGCGAGGCAAAAGUUGGCUCAAGCUGAAACGGGUAUGACUCGCGGAGGUGGGAGAACGAGAGCCGUCGACCAGCUAGAGUGGCUCAGCAAAGUCGUCAAGAAUCGAUCGGUCUUAGAUUCGCCUGACUCCUCGGCCAUGCAGAGUCGGUCAGGGUCAAAGGUCCGUAAGGGUAGCAAUGGAGAGAGCAUUGAGGGCAGGGGUGAUUACAUCAGUCUCAAAGAAGAGGUCUUACUAGUCAAUCGAAUUUUCCCAAGACCUCGCAUCAACUUCGAGAAGAUUGAUCUGCACCAUCGCAAGCUCACGAUAUCUAUGAAUGGUCCGUGGGCGAACGGUGACAGGAUGGCUUUCCUCCGGAUCCAUUGGUCUUUCCCCGCGACUUACCCAUACACACCGGAGCCGCCGACGUUUGAGCUCGAGCGGAAUCCGACUGUCUCCAUCCCCACGCGGUCUAAGCUCGUAAAGACUAUAAAAGAGAUGAGAGCUGCCAACAGGCAAUGCCUUCUGACAACGUCUGCUUUCCUGCUUGGGUCCGAUGAGCGGAUUGGAAGGCGAAUGCCAGACGAAGAAAGCGAUUCAGAGUCAGAAAAGGAGGUCAAAUUGGCCAAUGUGCCGAUGUUGAUACGCACAACCGGUGCUACCUUUGGACCGAAUGGUCAACUCGUUUGCUUCUUCCCCAAACAGACCGUCUUGCCUCGAGUCAGGCAUAUCUCUCGUUCCCCGGCCGGUUACAACGAUCCCAAGUCCCCACUGUCUAGAGCCAUCAACGCGUUGAGCCGUCUGGAAAACCCACGUCAGCGUAACAUCCAUCGGGUCAAGGCGAGAAUUCGCGCUGUCGAAGCCCUGCCCGUCGCUAUACAGUCUGCUUCUACCCUCACGAUCCACAACGUCUUCCGCUUAGGUCAUCCCGAUCUGGCUCUCGCAAAGGCUUACGGGACAUCUACUUCGUUGCGUCGCAAUUUGCAUAUCGCAUUCGAUGCCAAGCGACUGGAUCAUGCGCAAUUAUGGUCCACGCUUGAGGGUCUGCUCAGUGACCCCCCACCGCCUUAUUCUGUUCAUCCUCCGCGUCCCGACUUCCUCGACAGGCGUGCGGAACGAGUCGAAUGGGAGCGCAGCAUGGCUCGAAAGCAGUCUGUCUUGAACCAAAUACUUACCGAUCUCAUCGCCGUUCGCGACAUUCAACUGCUUGCUCUCGUUGGCUGUUGCAUUCUGCAACACGUCCAGAAGAAUCCUGAUCCCUCUACGCCUCAGCCACUCCUUCUCAAAUCCCCAGAACAGGAUUAUUUCGCUCUUCCUCGAUUGUCGGGCGGGUCCAUCGAAAUGACUCCGUCUCGUCGUCGACCCCGCAAGUCUUUGACUGGUGCCUCCACUUCUGGCUGGUCUCAGAUCCUCAACGGAUCCAGCGUGUCUCUCCACACCCCGGGUCAGAGAACCUCUGUAGAUAUCACGACACCAAUCGAGCCCACAUUCCCCGAUACUGCUGGAUCUCAUGGCAGGUCGAUCCCCGUCCCCUUCCGCAUCAGCGAUAGCCAGAGUCCGAGAGCGAGAGAGCGGACUAGAUCUGGAACUGGGAUUGUCUCGGCAAGUCCGCAAUACACACCCCUGCGAUCGGCGGGCAAGAGCGCAGGUAAUCGGAGUUCUGACGAGCUUCGACCCGAUCUGAACCCUCAACAUGCUUCCGUCUCGUCGCAUGGCCAAUCACAUGGUAGCGUGAAGAAUUUGUCAUCUGCAUCGCCUAUGAAGCAUUCCGGUCGCACUCCUUCAGAGGAACCUGUCAAAUCAAUCAGGCGCCCAGCGUGUAAUGUAAAAAUGGAGUUUUUGAGCGAUCACUCUGUCCCCGGAUUAAUGACGCCUGAAAUGCGGCUUCAAUUCGAAGGCUUCAAGCUCGCAUAUGCGGACUUUCUGCUGCGCGCAGAGCUAUACACCCUUCGUGCCUCUCUGCUUCAAUUCAAGUUCCUCGAGCAAGAAACUCCAGGAACUCGGGCCGCAUCUGGAGAUCUCCCAACGUCGUUUACGCCAAAAGUGCGGCUACCAUCCGACCAGAAACCCAUAACAGUUUGCGCCUCUUGCGUUGCGAAGAGCCACAAAUGUCCUGCUUGUGCGCGUCAGCCUAUAAGACCGGUUUGCACCUAUUGUCAUUUGCCCAUCAAAGGCUUAUCGACAUGCUGUGCUCUCUGUGCUCACCGCACGCACCACAGUUGCUACAAGAAACACUUUGGGACGAACGCCCGAACCACAAAAUGUCCCGCGUGCCUGUGCGAGUGCGUUGCUGACGGUGGCGUGACCAUUGCGUCGGUCAGUGUGCAACCGGUGAUUCAACCGAAUCCGAUGCCCUCCCGCGCGACCGGCCGUCCCUCCAUCAACCCUCUGAAUAUCAGUACGACUACCAAUCGAAUGGGCAACGCUUCUCUCAAGACUAUACGCGAGAACGAAGCGUCAUCGGACGUAUCAGCCCUCGGUCUGAGUCCAGAGGAGUCCAUUUCACCUCCCAAGACUGCCGAUCUGCUGCCGCCUCCGUCGAGCGGCUGGCUCGGUUGGGAUCGUGGUAUCCACUGGGGAUCUCGUGAAGAUUCGCCCAGCCUAUCUCAGCAGGACGUUGAUGCGUUCCCUACGACCGGACCUGACUUACGGCCUCUGAAUCGAGCCGAUGACCUCAAGGGACGACUGUUCCGAGGACGAGAAGGCUCGACAUCUGAAUCGCUGAAAGACGGGUCUAGUAUCGGUGGACGAAUCCGACUAGGCGCGUUCAGAAGUGGGGACGGCAAGCGACAGGGAAAGUGACGAAA